UCAAUGGUUGUUUGUUCUAGGAAGAAAGCACACCUAGAAAAAUUAUGGAAACACUGAUGAUGGAAGAAAGGUUGUGGCGGAAGAGGUCUUUCUCUUCUCUUUCUCUACAAUGUCUUUAGACUAUAAUCAAUAUUCAAUGUUCAGUUCAAUACAGUCCUUUGGUUUUUGUGGGUUUCAAGACCUUUCGACUUCAAAACGACAUCUGAAAGCUUCGCUGCACUUUCUCCUUCUUCUUCGUUGCAUCUUCUAUGCCUCGGAUCCACUCUGUUUUGUACAGAAAACACUUUCGUUACCAUGGACUCAAGUAAGAAAAUUGUCUUUUCGGAGCCCUUUCUUUCACAGAGAAGGAAAGUGAUUUCUGGGUUUAGUUUAUGGAUUGUAGUUUCUCUUCUUAUUUUCACUGUUAUCUUGCUCACUAAUUCCUUUAAUCCUAAAGUUCAACUCUUUCUUCAAGGACCCGAUAGUGUUGGUUCAAAUUCUUCCUUUCCCUCUUGGCCCUUUUCAUUUUCGUCAUCAUCAUCAUCAUCUUCUUCUUCUUCUUCUGGGAGUAAUGUCUUUGUGAAUUCCCGGCACAAGAGUGAUGAAGAAGGAAGUGUUCCUGUGGACAAAUCUGGCGGAGUGAAUCCACUACAGAAGAACCCUUUGGGGAAUUUCACAGAGAAUUAUAAAAAUGCAAGCUUUCACUCUGAAGAACAAAGGAUUCAACAGAAAGAAAUCCUUGAAACAAACGGUACUUUGGAUUCUGGGAAAUCAAAUGUUCUGGAUUCAGUAAACACUCCUCCGGGGAACACUUCCCAAACAGUUCAAGAUGUAAACUUGAUUGGAAAUGAAAGAAGAACCGAUGCAAGCAAAAGUCUUCUGGGCAAAGCCAGCAAGGAAACACAGAAAUCUCCUGCACCAGAGUCACCAAAAGUUGCCAGUUUCAGUGCAGAAGAUAGCAGUAUGGAUAAUGUGAGUUUCAUUCCUCAAGAUUCGCAUGCAGAGAAAAUGAAGAUCAGUUUCUAUGAGAACUGCAACAUUUUCGAUGGCAAAUGGGUAAGAGAUGAUUCAAAACCUUACUAUCCCAUGGGUUCGUGCCCUCACAUCGAUAGAGAUUUCAAUUGUCACCUUAAUGGGAGACCUGAUAGCGAAUAUGUGAAAUGGAAAUGGCAGCCAAAUGACUGCGACAUUCCAAGUUUAAAUGCGACUGAUUUUCUGGAGAGAUUGAGAGGGCAAAAGCUUGUAUUUGCGGGAGAUUCGUUGAACAGAAACAUGUGGGAGUCUUUGGUUUGUAUACUCCGACAAAGUGUCCAUAACAAGAAACGAGUUUAUGAGAUCUCCGGAAGGACAGAAUUUAAGAAGAAAGGUGUUUAUGCUUUUAGAUUUGAGGAUUAUAAUUGUACAGUUGACUUUGUGGGUUCACCAUUCCUCGUUAGAGAGUCAACUUACCAAGGGAAAAAUGGAUCCUUUGAGACAUUAAGAUUGGAUCUGAUGGAUCAGACAACUCAUACCUAUCAUGAUGCUGAUAUUAUAGUGUUCAAUACAGGCCAUUGGUGGACACAUGAGAAAACUUCUAGAGGAGAAGACUAUUAUCAAGAAGGCAACUUUGUUCACCCAAGGCUCAAGGUCCUGAAUGCAUAUACAAGGGCUCUGACCACUUGGGCACGGUGGGUUGACAGAUACAUCGAUGCCAAGCAAACUCAGGUUUUCUUCCGAGGAUACUCGCCCACCCAUUUCAAGGGAGGGCAAUGGAAUUCAGGAGGACAGUGUCACAAAGAAACCGAGCCGAUAUACAAUGAGGCUUACUUACAAAAGUAUCCUUCAAAAAUGAGAGCUCUAGAUCAUGUCCUCACAAAGAUGAAAACCCCAGUGACAUAUUUGAACAUAAGCAGGCUCACAGAUUACAGGAAAGAUGGACAUCCUUCUAUAUACAGAAUGGAAUACAAAACAGCCGACGAACGAAACUCUGCCGAGCAACACCAAGAUUGCAGCCAUUGGUGCUUACCCGGCGUACCAGACGCCUGGAACGAGUUGCUCUAUGUAUCCCUCUUGAAAAAUGGAAAGGGAACUUGGAAAAGGACCAACUAAAACUCCCUGACAAUAGUUUCAUACUCACUUCCUGAUUCUUGAUACCUGUAUAUUUUAAUUUUGUUCUCAUGGAGUUAUAGUUUCUGAGGAAGAUUAGUUUGAUGAGUUGAGAUAUCUGUGUUCUGUAAUCAUAUCCUUAUUAGCACGCUUUUGUAAGAUUGGGUAAAGGAAAAUGGAAGAUGAAGAUAUUGUGCUGGUUUACACUUGUAA